AUGAGCGAAGACGACAAAUCACCGACUGCGAACAAAGAUAAAGAGUCUACGCUUUUGUUCACUAAAGAUGGACAGAAAUACUACAUGAACAAAAGCGGAGGACUGGACAGCAGGAACGUCAUCACUCCUCACGAUGCAGAGAGCGCGUCCUACGACAUGGACGACCCGGACGAGGACUGCGACAUGCUGGACACCUCGGACAUGGGCAGAGAUGCCACGGCGAGCCCAGAAGAGCUCAACGACGAGGAGGCGUCAGAGGGAGACAACCUGCCCAAGCAGUGCACCUACGAGGGCUGCACCGAGACCACGACGCAGGUGGCCAAGCAGCGCAAGCCCUGGAUGUGCAAGAAACACCGCAACAAGAUGUACAAGGACAAGUACAAGAAGAAGAAGAGCGACCAGGCCAUGUCCAGCGGCAAACUGGACGAGAGCGCGGAGGAGCGGCCAGUGUCCGUGAACAAGCAGAGGUUGGGGGCGAUGGGAGACCGUCCUGCGCGGCCGUCGCUUAUUGAACAGGUCCUGAAUCAGAAGAGGCUGUCCUUGCUGAGGUCUCCGGAGGUCAUCAGUUUCCUCCAGCAGCAGCAGCAGCUCCUCGUGGCUCAGAAUCGCUCUCAGUCGCAGCCUCAGUUUCCAGGCUGCUGA